UUUUGUAAACCCAUUUGCGUUAUUUGAAUCAAAAAUUUAUGACACAAAUAUCAAAAAAAAUUUCGAGCUUACAGAGAAAAAAUACCUUCGAGUGGGAAAGAUAUCCUUUGCUUCUUCAUUUGCUAACACUUAG